GCGGUCCAGGUUUUUGAUUGCCAUCCCUACUCAUGUGGUAUGGCCCAUUAAAACUGAGUUAUAAAAAAAAUGCAAUUUGUUUCUAAAAUCAUAUUUUUGUUUAAGAAUAUAACCCAAACUAUUAUCAAUAGAUUUGGUUAUAUACUAAAUAUUAUAUAAUAUAAUUUGAAAAUAAAUAAACUGAUCCACAUCAAAAUCAAAUCAAAAUCUGGAUUGAACACUUCUAGAUAGUCAGAUGUUCAAUAUUUACAUUAGCGAGGCAAAGAAAAAAAAAACAAAUUAACACGUUCUAGAAAAAAUCUCCCCAAAAAAAUCUAGCACCAAAAUAAAAAUAUCGCAUCAUCCAAAUUAUGUCCUGUACCGGGAUCCACUCGCUAAAAGAUAAAAAACCAACACUCUCUCGGUUCGGACUGGAUCAGACCGGCCGGUUUGAUGUCCCGCGUAUAACGGAGACCUGCCACUAUACAACGACGACGUUUUCAACUCCAGUAGUUAUUUCUUCUCCCAUCACCACCACAAGGCAAUUAAAUCUAAACAAAGUUCUCGUUGCCAUGGAAAUCGAUGAUCCCGUAACCAACGGAAACACCGACGCCGUGAUGACGGAAUCCGCCCCUCCGUUCACUCCGUCGCCUCCCGUCCCGGCGUCGAGAUUGGGUCAAUUGACGGAAUCGCUCAAGCUCGAGCACCAGCUCCUCCGCGUACCGUUCGAGCAUUACAAGAAAACGAUCCGCGCCAAUCACCGCUACUUGGAGAAAGAGGUCACCUCCGUUGUCUCCAGCGUCGGAGAUUUGGCCGAUAACAAUUGGUCCAAAGACGUCACCGUUUCGCGUCUCACCAGCCUCGUUUCUCGGCUGCAAGGCCUCAAACGAAAGUUGGAAGAAGGGAGCAAUGUGGAGAAUCUGCAGGCUCAGAGAUGCCGUGCUCGCAUUGAUCAUUUGGAUUCAGCAGAUGCUGAAAAUAUCACUGAAUGGAAUAACACGAAACUGAAACGGAUUCUUGUGGACUACAUGCUGCGGAUGUCGUAUUUCGAGACCGCUUCAAAGCUUUCAGAAAGCUGCAAUAUUUUGGACCUUGUGGACAUUGACAUAUUUCGAGAAGCUAAGAAGGUGAUUGACGCUCUUAAACGUAGGGAGGUUGCUUCUGCACUGGCAUGGUGUGCUGAUAAUAAAACACGGUUGAAGAAGUCAAAGAGCAAAUUUGAGUUCCAACUAAGGCUGCAAGAGUUCAUCGAGUUGGUACGAGCUGACAGCUACAAACAAGCAAUCCAUUAUGCUAGAAAGCAUCUGACACCAUGGGGAGCAACCCAUAUGAACGAAUUGCAGCGUGUCCUGGCCACCUUGGCUUUUAAAAGUACUACCGAAUGCACAAAAUACAAGGUUUUGUUUGAACUAGGGCAGUGGGAUGUUUUAGUUAAUCAGUUUAAACAAGAAUUUUGCAAGUUAUAUGGUAUGACAAUGGAGCCAUUAUUGAACAUCUACUUACAAGCAGGCUUGUCUGCACUGAAAACUCCAUAUGGUUUUGAAGAAGGGUGUACCAAGGAGGACCCACUCUCACAAGAGAGCUUCCGGAAGCUAGCUCUGCCUCUACCGUACUCCAAGCAAGAACAUUCAAAGCUUGUUUGCUAUAUUUCCAAGGAGCUAAUGGACACAGAGAACCCACCACUCGUGUUUCCCAAUGGCUACGUCUACAGCACCAAGGCUCUCAAGAAAAUGGCGGACAAGAACAGAGGUGAAGUAAAAUGUCCGAGGACAGGGCUUGUCUGCAACUACACGGACUUAGUUAAGGCAUACAUAUCAUGAACCCAGUUGCUCAUAAAUCCUCACUUUGGUUGCAUUAUGAAAUAUUGAUCACAACCAAAGUGGAGGUCAGUAUUCAAUUUUCUUCAUAUGCUAAUCUGUGAAUAUUGCAUUUACAAAUAAACUUUUCAUCGUUUUGUAGAAACAGUUCUUUGUUUUAUAUAUCACGUUAUUCAAAAAUAAAAUAAAUAUCGAUUGUACAAAGAAAAA